ACAGGAGAAAUAGUUUCUUCUCUUACGGUUGGAUCUUUAAACUCCACCGCUAUGUCGUAAUGUCAGCAUUAGGGCACACACACAAAGAGACGACACACAGUUGUCAGAUUUGAAGAGCUCCUCAUAAGCUGUUCAGUCAGUCGGCAGGAUGACUAAAACAGAAAUACCAGAGUAUGUUAAUGAGAAACCAAGACCCGAGCAGAAGCAUCACAGCAACACAGAAAGAAGAACCACCAAGCUGGUGGUCUACAGCUUUGCUGCCCUGUGUUUCAUACAAGCUGCUCUCAAUGUUUCUUUACGACUCACUUUGCACUUCAGCAAGUCAUCAGCUUAUUUAGGCUGCAACAUAACUCACUGUGAUGAUGGAAAUCAGACAGUGAUGAACGAAUGCAGCGGAUUGAACAGAAACCGAGAAUGUUUUGAAAACAUGAUCACUGAACUCACCAACAUGAUUCAUAUGACGGAAAAUGAGAGGGAGAGGCUGAAAAUACAUUUGAGGGACCUGGCUGCUUGUGCGCCCGCUCUGCGGUGUCCUGCAGGGUGGAGGAAGAUCGAGUCCAGAUGUUACUUCCUCUCUGUGGAGAGUAACACAUGGGAGGAGAGCAGAAGAUACUGCCAGCGUCAAGGAGCUGACCUGGUGGUGAUCAACAGCGAGCGGGAACAGACAUAUCUUUACCGUCUGAAUGGGGAAGAUGUUCUCCUGUUCUGGAUUGGUCUGAGGAAAGGGGGUAGGCUGUUCGAAUGGGUAGACGGAUCUGCACUGACAAAGGAGUACUGGCAGGAUGGUGAGCCGAAUCUUGCUGACAACGAGGACUGUGUGGAGUCGUACCACUUAAGGCCAGUGCUGAGCAACUGGAAUGAUGCCCCCUGUUCAAAAAGGCAGAGAUGGUUAUGUGAAAAAGAUCCGUUUUAACAAGUGGAUUUAAUGGUGAAUGGACGGGUGAACCUGAGGAAAAUAGGGCUGGUCAUUCGCCAGUGAGUUCAGAAUCAGUAAUGAUGUCAUUUCUUUUAAUUAAAUGUACUUUAAGUGCAUAUAAAAUAUUUACAUAUACAGUAUUUCUCCACAGUCUUUAUACAUGUGAAUGCUGGAAUUUCUCCCAUAGACUUUUAAUGCAUUUGUCUGUGAGACUUUUUUGGAGAAACACUCGAGUGACAUUUUGAAAUUGCGACUGUGGCCACAAUUUUUAGUCUUCAAAACUUACACCAGCUCAUUAAAGCCUUGGCAUUCAAAACGUUGAGUUACUGUAGGUAUUAUGGUUUUGCUGUAAGAAACCUGUUUAGCAGCGGUACAACAGCGCAGCUGCACCUUUGACUGACAGGUCAUUCUCCUGUUGCUCGGUGUAGUAACUCUAUGCAUAUUACUGAUUCGUUUAUCACACUGUUUAAUUGUUUAAUAAUUAAUCACACGCUUCCUCUGAAUCCUUUCAAAAUAAAAGCACCAAUCCAAAUUUUUAGCUUUAAUAGCACUAUUUAUGCUUUUGAAUGGGUAAUUAUGAAUCUGCAAUGAGUCUAUUUUACGAUAAAGUAAUUACUGGUACUGGUACACAAGCGUUCUGUAAAUCAUUUCAAAAAAAGAGCACUAAACUUAGUGCUACUAACUAA